CCCGUUGAAACGCAGGCUAGGAAUGUUUAUAUACCCUGCCAGUGCCCCCGAUUCUCCUAAUACUCAUCUCAUUUCUAUUGCAUGCUCUACAAACCCAGUAUUUGAUCAUGUCACACGCCCAGUUUGAACCCUCUUUCGUCGAUACAACCGACUUUGAUAAUGCGAAGCGGGGUUUCAUCGGCGCUCUCGACCCAUGCAUCAUCCGCGCUACUGACGGGCGGAUUGUGUGGAAUAAUGAUGAAUACAACUUCCUCGCCGGCGAAUGUCCACCAACGGCAAACCCAAAGCUCUGGCGACAGGGUCAACUGCUUAGCAUCCAAGGGCUCUUCAAAUCGGCCGAGGGCAUCUACCAAGUGCGUGGAUUCGAUCUUUCCAACAUGACCGUCGUCGAAGGAAAAGAGGGUGUCAUUGUGAUUGACCCACUGACUUCGGUGGAAACGGCGGCUGCGGCACUGGAACUGUACCGCAAGCACCGUGGCGAUCGCAAAGUGACCGCAGUGAUCUAUUCGCAUUCGCAUAUUGACCACUUCGGUGGUGCCCAGGGGAUACUCCCGGUUGCGAAAACACAUUCCAUUCCGCUAAUUGCGCCCGAAGGCUUUAUGGAAGAGGCUACUAGUGAAAACUUGUAUCUCGGCACUGCGAUGCGUCGGCGUGCCGCAUACAUGUAUGGAGAUCGAAUUCCAAAGGGUCCCGCUGGACAGAUUGGCUGUGGACUUGGCAUGUGCGUUCCGAGUGGCGUCAAUUCCUUGGUCCCACCAAACAUGAUCAUUCAUCAAACCGGCGAAGAACGAGUUGUCGACGGAGUACGCAUCAUUUUCCAGAUGGUGCCCGGAUCGGAGGCACCCUCGGAAAUGAACUUCUAUUUCCCCGAUCACCGAGCUUUGUAUAUCGCCGAAUGUGCGGUGCACUCGCUCCACAAUAUCAUCACCCUGCGUGGAGCCCAAGUUCGUGAUGCAAAGGCUUGGUCCCAGUAUCUGGAUGAGUCUCUGGUUCUGUUUGGAAAGGAAUCCGAGGUCAUGUUGGCUGGUCACGCCUGGCCUACCUGGGGCCACGCAGAGAUUGCGAAAUUCAUUGGCGAUCAGCGAGACUUAUACGCCUAUAUUCACGACCAAACAGUUCGAUUGAUGAACCACGGCAUGACCGGUAUCGAGAUCGCAGAGUGUCUGACUCUCCCGCCCUCUCUGCAAAAGUCGUGGUUUGCACAAGGAUUUUAUGGAUCCGUCAGUCACAACGUAAAAGGCAUUUAUCAACGGUAUCUGGGCUGGUUUGACGGCAACCCGGCUCAUCUCUGGGAGCAUCCGCCAAAGCAAAGUGCCAAGAGGUACGUUGAGUGUAUGGGUGGAAUCGACGAAGUUGUUCAAAAGGCAGAACGCUUUGCCCAGGACGGCGAUUUGCGAUUUGCCGCGACAUUGCUGGACCACGCUGUCACGCUCGACCCAUCCCAUACUGCCGCAAAGAAAGCAUUAGCGUCUGUCUUCACAAAACUCGGCCAUGGUUCGGAGAAUGGCACUUGGCGCAACUUCUAUCUCACAGGUGCCCUGGCCUUGGUUGCGGGGAACAGAAACAGUCCUUGGAGCAUGAGCACUGGGCUGAGACGAGAACAAAGUGUUGAACAAUGGUUGACCCUAUCAUCCAUUCGCCUGGAUGGAAUCAAGGCAGCAGAGGAAUGUUUCUCCAUUGACUUCCAUCUGACAGACGAACAGCGAUGGUGGCAUGUGAAUAACUGUUGGAGGUCUUGUCUGGGGGGAUUGCGGUCGGCGUCUCGUAUGAUGGGGAUAGGGACUUGGUUCGGAAGCUUUUCUCAUUGAUGGAGACCUCGGAGAGCCUCGAGAAAACCCGGUUGUAAUGAGGGAUGAAGGUAUAUAUCGGAAGAAAGACAUUGCAGCCUGUGUGUAGUUUGAGUGAAAAUGAUCUAGGGACUAUGCCCAUGGCACUGAGAAAGUGUUUCGUGACAUCACAAUGCAAGGUCCAGUUGGAGACGUACCUGAGGGAUAGAAUAUGGUAUAUCGCACUAUCUGUUUAGUCUCUGCGAAGUCUUUAUGUACAUAGAGUAGUAGUGGGCACUUGGAAUAAGAGGUAGAAAGUACGGCC